AUGCUGGCCACGCCCCCGCAGAAACCCAGAGCAGCCACGCCCCGCACGCCAGCCGGCCUCAGCAACAUGCCCCAUCUGGGCCAGUUCUCUCCUCUCCUGGGCAGGCAGGUGCUGGACACACCCACGCUUGCGGCCAACGCCUCGGGGCAGGACAACAGCUCUGCGGCACUCCUGGCCCUGGUGGCGGGGGGCGCGGGGCAGGGGGUCGUGGGGGAGGAGCUGCGCUGGGCAUCGCUGCUCAUCAUCACCAUCAUCAUCCCCACCAUCGGGGGCAACGUCCUCGUCAUCCUGGCGGUCUCCCUGGAGAGGAAGCUGCAGAACGCCACCAACUACUUCCUCAUGUCCCUGGCUGUGGCGGACCUGCUGGUCGGGCUGCUGGUGAUGCCCAUUGCUCUGGUCACUGUGCUUUUUAAUUCGGGGUGGCCCCUGCCAGAGUUCCUCUGUCCCAUCUGGCUCUUUCUGGACGUCUUGUUCUCCACCUCCUCCAUCAUGCACCUGUGCGCCAUCUCCCUGGACCGCUACAUCGCCAUCAAAAAGCCCAUCCAGCACAGCCAGUACAAAUCUCGCGCCAAGGCCAUGACCAAAAUAGCUGCCGUGUGGCUAAUAUCUAUUGGUAUUGCUAUAUCCAUCCCCAUCAAAGGCCUAAAGAACACCAGGACGAGAACAUUCAACAACCACCACACCUGUCUGCUGAAGCCCGACUGCUUCAAGGACUUCAUCCUGUUCGGCUCUUUGGCAGCCUUCUUCGUCCCACUGACUAUCAUGAUGGUGAUCUACCUGCUGACCAUCCAGGUACUGCGGAAGAAGGUCUACCUGCUCAAGUUCAAGGCGUCGCAGCGCUUCAACAGCUCGGCGGUGUCCACCGUCUUCCAGAAGGAGCGGCCCUCGAUCUCCUCGCCAGAGAAGGCAGCCAUGCUGGACGGCCCCAGCAGGGACAGGGUAAUGAGCCAGACGAAUCCCAUCAUGGGUGAGGAGGUUCCUGUCCGCAGGAUGUCCACCAUGGGCAAGAAGUCCAUGCAGAACCUCAGCAAUGAGCAGCGGGCCUCCAAAGUGCUGGGCAUCGUCUUCCUGCUCUUUGUGGUCAUGUGGUGCCCCUUCUUCAUCACCAACGUGAUCUCGGCCGUCUGCCACACCUGCGACGAGCACCUGGUGGGCAGGCUGAUGGAGAUCUUCGUCUGGGUGGGCUACGUCUCCUCGGGGAUCAACCCCCUGGUCUACACCCUCUUCAACAAGAACUUCCGCGAGGCCUUCAGCCGCUACAUCACCUGCAACUUCGGCGGGACCCGGCCGCCACCCAGACCGCCCCGCCGGAGCCUGGCCAGGAUGUCCUUCCGGUCCUCCGUCACGGAGAACUCGAAGCUCUUCAUGAAGCACGGGGUGAGGAACGGCAUCGGCAACGUGGCGUACCAGAGUCCGUUGCGCCUGAGGCCCAUGCCGAUGCAGGCCUCCACCAGCAUUCUGCUGGAUGCGCUGCUCCUGGCAGAGAACGAGGCCAGCAAAAAUGAGGAGCAGGUCAGCUGUGUGUAG